GAAUUCGCAGCGUUGAAUUAUUAGUUAUGAUAAAAUGGCUUUGGUUUUGCAUUUUCAUUUCUCAAUUGCAGCUAUCAAUGAUACUGACUCGAAAAGUCAGUGGGAACCUUUAGCUCCCACGAAAGAAGCACAUGAAUUUCAUCUUUCCCAAACUUAUCAUGAAGGACUUCUCAAGUUACAAGCAAAAGAGUAUGAGAAGGCUCGCGAGCUCUUAGAAUCUGUCCUUAAAUAUCCUCUUAUUGCUAAUGCUCAGGUGGAUAGUAGUGCCAGUGAUGGUCAUCUAUUGCAACUCAGUAUCAUUAUACCACGUGCCUUGUUAGCUGCUGCUCUUUCAAAUGAUUUGGUCAUACUAAGUCUGCAACUGUAAAGCCAUAAAUUUCAACUUCUAGCUUAUGGGUGUUGAGAAAGGCAUCAAAUUGGAAGGCUUGUCAGUGGUAUAGAUCUUUAAGGCACUUGAAGAUUUGUUUACCUUUGUUGGUUAGUUUCUAGCUUAUGUGUAAAUUUCUGUUUACCUUUGUGCAACAUUUGUUUUUGUCACUUUUCUUUUGCAACAUUUGAAUGUAAAUUAUAUCAAAAAAUAUGUUUUUUUUUUUCUUUUUCUA